AUGCGUUUGGAUGAGCGACCGACCUCAGGUUCUUGGGCAACAGGAGAUCAGAACAACUCCACGUUUGACCAAGUCAGGCAGGGCUAUGGCGAAGGUUCACACUACAGUGAACACAGGGACCUGCCAUCCCAUAACAGCAUAUCUUCGUCGUCAUUCCUGGGGUCUGGAAUAGUAGGAAAAGGUACAGAAAGAAGCAACUACCCAUUUGGAAGAGAUGCAGGCAUGCCAGCUAUCAAUCAGCCUGGCUUUCUGCCUAGCGAAAUAGGGAUUUCGAGUCCCAGCACGCUCUCCCCAACGGGGGUGAAGGGAAGCUCUCAGUACUACCCAUACGCCAACAAUCCUCGCAGGAGAGUCGCAGACAGCAACAUAGAUGGACAACCGAAAAAAGUCCGAAAGGUGCCUCCAGGACUCCCGUCUUCAGUGUAUCCACCCAACUCAGGUGAUGAAUACAGCAGGGACUCAGCCAACUACACAACUUCCAAGCCACCCAGCACCGUCUACCCUGGAGCCUUCUACAUGCCAGAUGGGCUUCACAAUUCGGCAGAUCUGUGGAGUUCCUCCAGCAGCAUGAGCCAGUCGAAUUAUGGGGCCAUCUUGGGCACUUCUUCCUCCCCGCUUCCCCAGUCUAGCAACUUCAGCAGUCUUCACCAGCAUGAACGCAUGAAUUAUCAGAUGCAUUCGGGCGAGGUCAACGGUGGUCUCCCGUCGGUCCCUGGAUUUUCUUCAGCUUCCACUCAGUAUGGAGUGUCCAGCCACACUCCCCCGAUUGGAGGGACGGAAAAUGUCCUGGGUAACCGAGGAACCACCGCUGGCAGUUCAGGGGAUGCACUUGGAAAAGCAUUAGCUUCAAUCUACUCUCCAGAUCAUUCUAGCAAUAAUUUCUCUUCGAACCCAUCCACUCCGGUGGGCUCCCCUCAGGGAAUAACAGGUUCUUCGCAGUGGCCCCGAACAAGUGGACAGGGUGCCUUAUCCCCAAGCUACGAAGGCACCCUCCAUACUUUGCAAAACAAAAUGGAAGACCACUUGGACGAAGCCAUCCAUGUGCUGAGGAGCCAUGCAGUGGGCCAGACCAACCACAGGGACAUCCACGACUUGUUGGCAUCCGCUUCUGCGCACAGCACUUCUGUGGGCAGCCUUAGCCAGUCUUUUUCCCCGGCCUCUGUCUUGCCAAUUGCUAGUCGGCAUACGAACUUGGUGGGAGGAGGUCACCCCGAAGACAGCCUCUCUAGCAAUCCUGGUCUUCUCCACAACCAUGUUGCUCUCCCUGCCCAGACCAGCUCGCUUCCUGACCUCAGUAGAGGACAGUCUUCAGAUGCCUUUAGCGGCUUGACUGGGGGCCUGGGAAGGGCCAGCGUCUCCUCUGGCACCAGCGAGAUCAAGCGGGAGGACAAGGAGGAUGACGAAAACACAUCAGUGGCUGACAAUUCAGAAGAGGAGAAAAAGGAACUGAAGUCAUCUCGAAACAGAACAAGUCAAGAUGAGGAUGAGGAGGAGGACGACCUUCUUCCCCCAGAGCAAAAAGCCGAGCGAGAGAAAGAGAGGCGGGUGGCCAAUAACGCUCGGGAGCGCCUGCGUGUCCGCGACAUCAACGAGGCCUUUAAAGAGCUUGGGCGCAUGUGCCAGCUACACCUUAACAGCGAAAAACCACAGACCAAACUGCUAAUCCUACAUCAGGCCGUGUCGGUUAUUCUGAAUCUGGAACAACAAGUUAGAGAACGCAAUCUCAAUCCUAAAGCAGCUUGCUUGAAACGUCGCGAAGAGGAGAAAGUGUCUGGCGUGGUGGGUGAUCCCCAGAUGGCACUUUCGGCAUCUCAUGCAGGAUUAGGAGAUGGGCACAACCCCGUGGGACAUAUGUAAAGGUGAUUUGUUUUUUUCCCUUGACCUGGAAGAAGAUAUCUGUAGGAAGAAGCGAGGACUGGGUCAUUUUCACACCCCUGCUGGGUGUCCACGCCAGAAACUGCAGUCUUGUUGAAAUACUGACAUGGCAAUGGAAAUUCAGUGUGCUCGAAGGAACUUUUAUUUCCCUCCACCAGAAAGGAAAAGCAACAACGUUAUCCAAAACAAAAAACAAAAAAACCACAAAACACAAAAAACCCAACAGCAAAGAUUGCCUUAACUGUAUAUUCUGGAACUCUUAAUGCAUAUCCUUCAGUGGGAGGUGGGGGGAGACAUUUAAGUGGCUUGCGUUCACAAAAGGCCAGCAGAAGAAAUUGUGCCUAUACGUUUGUUUCUUUUUUUUCUUUUCUUUUUUUUAAAAAGAACAUUAGUUACAAUAAUUUUUUAAAUGUAGAACAAACAUAGUAAUGCCUUUUUUUUGUUUUUUAAAGCUUCUUUUGCAUCUCUGUUUUGUAAGCAACAAAAAAAAAUGUAAAAAGAGAGAGAGAGAAAGAGAGAGAGAAAGAGAGAGAGAAAGACUUGAUGAUUCCCCAUGCCUUUUUCUGCUGCUGUUUCUAUAGUUAUUGUUGCAUAUUAUUUUUUAAAUAAGAUCAACCAGAAAUAUUAAAAGUUUGUAUUAAGAGACUGGAUGUUUUUUAAAAAAGAAAAAGAAAAACAAAAGAAGAGAUUGGUACAAGAGAGGUUUGCGUUUUGGCUCUGAGACAGUUGCGUGCGUUUAGCGAGCGGGUUAAAAUCUUCCCUAAGGCUAGUAGCUUUUAUAAUUAAAAGAGAGAAC